UAUACGUCCCCAAAGAAGAAACUGACUCCAGUGCAAAAAUGUGUCAGUCCAUUAGUUUGGUGCAGGCAGGUAUUGGAUUACCCAAGUCCUGACGUUGAAUGUGCUAAAAAGUCACUGAUCCACAGGCUGGAACAGACGAUGUCAGCUCUCAAGAGACAGAGUUUGUACAGCAGCCCUUUCAGUGCAGUCAGUUAUGCGAGCUCCUAUAGUCCAAAUACUAGUAGCCCCUAUAGCAGUGGUUUCAACUCUCCCUCCUCAACACCGGUGAAAUCUGCUUUAGUGAAACAGCUCAUACCUCCUGGUACCUCAGGUCAUCUUAAAAGUUCAGCAGAUAGAAAUCCUCCGCUAAGUCCACAGUCCUCUCUGGACAGUGAAUUAAGUGCAUCAGAGAUGGAUGAAGACUCUAUUGGGUCUAAUUACAAGCUAAAUGAUGUUACAGAUGUGCAAAUUUUAGCACGAAUGCAGGAAGAAAGCCUCCGGCAAGAGUACGCAGCAACUGCUUCUCGGCGCAGUUCUGGUUCUUCUUGCAAUUCUACGCGGCGAGGCACAUUCAGCGAUCAGGAGCUCGAUGCGCAGAGUUUAGAAGAUGAAGAAGAUGGCACACAUCACACAGUCCACCCUGCUGUUAACAGGUUCUCACCAUCACCUCGCAGUUCUCCCUGGCCUUCACCAAAACAAUCUCCAAGGAAUUCACCUCGCUCCCGAUCACCCGCUCGAAGCAUAGAAUACAGUAGAGUGUCGCCCCAACCUAUGAUUAGCCGUUUACAGCAACCUCGUCUUUCGCUUCAAGGCCAUCCUACAGAUUUGCAGACUAGCAAUGUCAAAAGUGAAGAAAAACUAAGGCGCAGUCUUCCAAACCUGUCCAGGACAUCUAACAUCCAAGCUGAGUCUGUGAAAAACAGCAGAAGUGACUCAAACUUCCAAGUGCCAAAUGGAGGAAUACCUCGCAUUCAACCUCAAGCCUCAGCCAUACCUUCUUCAAGUAAAUUCCGCUCGCCUGCAGCACCAUCUCCGCUAGCUCUCCGACAACCAGUGAAAGCAUUUAGUAACCAUGGACCCGGUUCAGUUGCUUCCCCAGAAACCACACAGCUGCCACACAGUAGUUCUUCACCAGGGCCUCUUGCAGCCCAGAGUUCAGGCUUGCCAAGCCCUGCCAGCAGCAUUAAUAGUACUACUCUUACCAGACCGGCAGGGACAGCAGGGAUGAGGAGUAGUUUGCCCAGACCCAGUGCCCCUUCUGCAGGGGGCAUCCCAGUGCCUCGUAGCAAACUUGCACAGCCUGUUCGCAGAUCAUUACCCACUCCCAAAACCUAUGGCAACGUGAAAGACGAGAGCUGGAAGGAUGGCUGCUACUGACCUGCAAAGCAUAAUGCAAAGUUCCAGUGCUCAUGGAUGCUUCCUCACCGGGCUAAAAGACAGCUUGAUUAUACAAACUGUUCAGAUGUGACUUUUGGGAUUUGUAAAAAUUCCUGACCUCUCUGUCUCUAGUUAGCACAAACCGGCAGAGAUUAUAAAGCAGCACUUUAAUGACAUCUAACAUCAGAUGUUUGGUGGUCAAACAAUCACUUCUACAUUAAAUUGCUCUCAAUUCUGGGGUUUUUUUUCCUUGCUUGCUAAAAUUCUAUCAAUGUGAGCAUUUAUGACAGUGGCCAAUGUCUGGGCAAAAACCUAACGAAUGCCAAAGAAAUGCCCA